AUGCCGGAUUUUGGACGUUUCAGCAAGAACAAGCUCGCUGGAAACCAUCAAUUUUUGGCUCUUCCCGUUAUUGGUACUCUUGGCGCGCUCACACCAAUCUUUGUUACCGAUGCUCAUUCGUAUAUAUGGGGAGAGUUCGAGUGGUAUAUGCCAGCUGUGAUAGCAAAGUUCGACUCACGCGCUGCAAAGUUCUUCGUAUCUGCUUCGUUUAUCCUUGCCACCAUUGGUAACCAGAUAGCGGCCGACACAUACCCGUUUUCCAACGAUAUUACGGGCAUGUCUCCUAAGUACAUAAACAUAUUCAGAGCGACUGUCUUCGUCGCGAUCUUCUGUGUUGUCUCCACCCCAUGGAACAUAAUCAAGAACGCAGCCGGUCUACUUGCAUUUCUCUCCGGAUAUUCUUGCUUCAUGGGCCCGCUUGCCGGGGUCAUGAUAUGCGACUACUACCUCAUCAAAAAGUGCAAGCUCGAUGUCGACGAACUCUAUUCCGAUCGCGGUCUUGACAUCGGCGGUGCAUGGAAGAUAUACUCUUUUGCAUGGACUUUUGGGUUCUUCACUUCAGUGUUUGUGCACUACAUAAUCUGCACAUACAUCUCUGUUCCAACAAAGUCAUUGGUCGAAAUCGCUGUGUAUCCGCCUCAAUCAGGAGAAGAGGCUCCAUCAAUCAUCGAGGGGGAGGAUGCGGCAUCGAAAUCGACAAACGUCACUACCAAAGAGAAAGAAGCGACCGACAUGGUUUGA